AUGAGUGAAGAAAGAGCCGAUAUUUUGCUGUUGUUUACAACUCGUCGCAACGAUCAGAAGUGAUAUAAACUACUGCUAAACGAGAUCACAAUGUUUGUUACGGAUAUUCGGAAGGAUUUUUAUGAGAAGGUGCUUCACAAGCGCGUUCUCGUCUUGGUGUCAUUUGACAUUGAUGCAAUAUGUGCCUGCAAGAUUCUACAGGCCUUGUUCCACUGUGACAGUGUACAGUACACCUUGGUGCCAGUCGUGGGUAAGAUGGACUGGGAACGAGCUUUCUCGGAACACGCUGAGCAGCUUGAGUUUGUUGUCAUGAUUAACUGUGGUGCAACGCUCAACAUUCUGGAGACUCUCCAACCAGAGGAGAAUGUGACGUUCUUCGUUUGUGACAGCCAUCGACCAAUUGACCUUGUCAAUGUCUACAAUGAUACUCAGGUCAAACUGCUGAUAACACCUGAAGAAUCCAUCCCAAAAUAUGAGGAGAUUUUCAGAGAUGAAGAGUCUGACGAAGACGAUAGUGGACAUGAAAGUGACGGCUCGGAGCCAAACGGAAAGAGGCGUCGAUAUGAUGCGGAUGCCUUGGAGAGGAGGAUGGAGAAAAAACGUCUUAAGAGAGAGUGGGAUGAGAAGAGGCAUCAGCUGUUAUUUGACUAUGAAGAGUUCUCGGGAUACGGUCAAUCAGCGGCAAUGAUAAUGUACGACUUGGCUUGGAAGAUGUCCAAAGACACAAAUGAUUUACUCUGGUGGGCUAUCGUUGGUUUGACCGAUCAACUACUCUCCAAGAAAAUAGACAGAGAAACGUACGUCUUGGAGGCGACAGAUUUAAAUCGCCACGUGGCAAGACAUAAUCACCGAGGGGAAGACGAAGAUGACUCCGUCUCCAUCAAUUCCAUGAGGAUAUCAUUCACCUCGGAACUUCAAUUGGCGUUGUACAGGCAUUGGUCAUUAUUUGACAGUCUGAGGCACUCAUCGUACACAGCUUGCAACCUUAAGUUAUGGACGUUGAAGGGGUUCAAGAAGCUUCAUGAGUUCUUGGCUGAUAUGGGUGUGCCGCUUUCUGAAUGUAAACAAAAGUUUUCCGCUAUGGACAUGGGCCUCAAGGAUAAUGUGGCCGAGUGGCUGGUUACAUCGGCUCGCAAGUUUGGGUUGGAGCAGAUAACACUCUCUUCAUUUCAAGCUCAGUAUGGCUUCAAGAACAAGUUCUGUGCAUUUGACAUUGCCUAUGCGGUCAAUGCUCUUCUUGAAUCAGUUGAGAUGAACAAGACCUUAGAGGGCAAUUUCUUGGAAGCACUCGACUGUCUCUCAAGAUCAAAUAUUGAAAAGCUCGUCCACGGUCUAGAGCUAUCCAAGCGACAGUUCCGUGCGACCGUCAAUCAGGUCCAGUCUCUACUAGACAUGAGUCAAGUCAUCUCGGCUGGCUCAUUCCUCUAUGCUUUCAUCCCAGAAGGAACUCCAGACGUCAAUUACUUCUCCAUGCCAAACUGUCUUGGGAUGCUUGCUAGGUUCACGCUUGAGGCCUAUGUUAAAAUGUCAAAGAACAGGAAGGCUAGAACGCUUCCACUUGUAAUGACUGCACCUUUAAACCUUGAGACUGGGACGCUGUUAGUUGUUGGAAUACCGCCACUCCCGGAGCUGGAACAAAGCUCAAGAAAUUUCUUCGGAAGAGCUUUCGAACAAGCUGGACAAAAGACAGGCUCAAGGAUUCUCCACGACAAAUUUGACUCAUCAGUAAUCGAAAUGAAGAAUGAAGAUCGGAGUAAAUUCUUUGAUGCCCUUAUCUCGCUGCUGACAUAGGAAUACAAGCUCCAUAAUAUCACAUACUGGGUACGUACAUAGUCCUUUAUCAACAUCAAGUCAUACACAUUUCACACAAGAUUUGUGUGUACUACUUUGGGGUACCACCAGAAACUGAUGUCGGACUUAUUUAUGCGUAUACAAUCGUUUUUGAAGGAGCUUGUCAUCAACAAAAAGUUGUACAAAAUAAUCAGAAAAUAAGCCUGUGUUUGUAGAUUGUACAUAGUGUGAAUUAUUAAGAUGCUUAAACCUAUGCCAUUAUGUGAAAUAUGCUAGCUUUAUAGUGUGAUGAUAUUCUAAUGAAGCGACCAUAAGCUACAAGAACUGACCAUGAUUCAUGUUGUUCUAUAUGAGCAUCAACUUGCAAGAAAAUUGAAAGGAUUGUGUACUAACUUGUCCAUGUGCCAUCUACACUAGUUUGUAAUCAGUUUAUAAUGCAUUAGCUGAAAAAACGCCCGUUACUAUGGGUGUCUAAGCUAGUUAAAGCCAUUAUACACUUUCGAUACAGAAAAAGAAAAAAAAAGUUCACAGAUUUACAAA